GGAAGUGGCCAGGAAAGCAGGAAGCGGAAGUCGCUUUCUUUGAUGGUCUCAGAGGGGCCGGAAGACAGCCGGGUUGUGCAGGACCAGAGGCUGGAGGCCGGGUUCCUGUUUUCUCCCCAGCCCCUCUGAGCAGCCCCUCCUUCCUCAGGGCAGGAACGGGCCUGCCAGCUGGGCACCAAGCCCCCGUGCCCGCCAAUGCAGCCCAGCCCACGGAGAGCCAGGCCCGCAGCACGCCCAUGUGGGCCGGUGGCGUGGGGAGCCCCCGGCGGGGCACGGCCCCGCCCCCCACCGAUGACCUCUUUGCCCGCAAACUGCGCCAGCCAUCACGGCCCCCGCUGACCCCACACACCUUCGAGCCAAGGCCAGCCCGGGGCCCACUGCUACGCAGCGGCAGCGACGCGGGCGAGGCCCGGCCCCCGACGCCAGCCAGCCCUCGAGCCAGGGCCCACAGCCACGAGGAGGCUAGCCGCCUCGCGGCGGCCUCCACCCGCCUCUUCACUGACCCACUGGCACUGCUGGGGCUGCCGGCCGAGGAGCCCGCGCCCGCCUUCCCCACGGUGCCCGGGCCCCGCUGGUUCGCCCACUACGACGUGCAGAGCCUGCUCUUCGACUGGGCCGCAAGGCCGCGGGGGCCUGGGCCCCACGCAGAGCCCAGCGCCGGGACCCUCGCCCUAGCCGAAGACCAGCUUGGCAGCUCGGACCUGCUGCUCGGGGCGCCCGGCUUUGUGAGUGAGCUCGGGGGUGAGGGGGAGCUGGGCCUGGGGGGACUGGUGUCCCCGCCUGUGCCCCCCGUGCUGCCCAACGCGGCCGUGUCGGUCCUGGAGGAACCGCAGAACCGGAGCUCAGCCUACAGCUUGGAGCACGCAGACCUGGGCGCCGGCUACUACCGCAAAUACUUCUACGGCAAAGAACACCAGAAUUUCUUCGGACUGGACGAGGCGCUGGGCCCGGUGGCAGUGAGCCUGCGGCGGGAGGAGAAGGAGGGCAGUGGCGGGGCCACCCUGCACAGCUACCGGGUCAUCGUGCGGACCACCCAGCUCCGGACCCUUCGUGGCACUGUUUCGGAGGACGCCCUGCCGCCAGGUCCUCCCCGGGGCCUGUCCCCAAAGAAGCUUCUGGAGCAUGUGGCCCCUCGGCUGAGCCCCACCUGCCUGCGCCUGGGCUCAGCUUCACCAAAGGUGCCACGCACGCUGCUCACCUUGGACGAGCAAGUGCUGAGCUUCCAGCGCAAGGUGGGCAUCCUGUACUGCCGGGCGAGCCAGGGCUCGGAGGAGGAGAUGUACAACAACGAGGAGGCCGGACCGGCCUUCAUGCAGUUCCUCACGCUGCUGGGCGACGUGGUGCGGCUCAAGGGCUUUGAGAGCUACCGGGCCCAGCUGGACAUCAAAACGGACUCCACGGGCACGCACUCCCUCUACACCACAUACCAGGACCACGAGAUCAUGUUCCACGUGUCCACGAUGCUGCCUUACACCCCCAACAACCAGCAGCAGCUCCUGCGCAAGCGCCACAUCGGGAACGACAUCGUGACCAUCGUGUUCCAGGAGCCGGGCAGCAAGCCGUUCUGCCCCGCCACCAUCCGCUCGCACUUCCAGCACGUGUUCCUUGUGGUGCGCGCGCAUGCGCCCUGCACGCCGCACACCUCGUACAGGGUGGCUGUGAGCCGCACCCAGGACACCCCGGCCUUCGGGCCGGCCUUGCCCCCCGGCGGCGGCCCCUUCCCGGCCAACGCCGACUUCCGCGCCUUCCUGCUGGCCAAGGCGCUCAAUGGCGAGCAGGCGGCCGGCCACGCGCGCCAGUUCCAAGAGGGGUCAGACUGGGCCCCCGCGGCGGCCUCUCCUCCCAGCGCUGCCGCAACCCGCCCCGCCCAGCUGGUGAGCCGCGGCUGUGAGACCCGAGAGCUGGCGCUGCCCCGCGAUGGCCAAGGCCAAGGCCGCCUGGGCUUCGAGGUGGACGCAGAGGGCUUCAUCACCUACGUGGAUCGCUUCACCUUCGCCGAGAAGGCGGGACUGCGGCCCGGGGCGCGCCUGCUGCGCGUGUGCGGCCAGACCCUGCCCAGCCUCGGCCCGGAGGCCACUGCCCAGCUGCUCCGCUCGGCGCCCAAAGUCUGCGUCACUGUCCUGCCCCCCGACGACGGCGGCCGGCCCCGCAGGAGCUUUUCGGAGCUGUACACGCUGUCGCUGCAGGAGCCCAGCCGCCGAGGGCUGCCUGAGGCGGCGCAGGAGGAGGUUUGCGAGCAGCUGACGCACCUGUGUCUGCGUGACAGUGGCGGGCCUCCGGGGCCCGGCGAGCUGGCCGAGGAGAGAACCGAGUUCCUGCACAGCCAGAGCUCGCCCUCACCCCGCAGCUCCCUGUCGGAUGAGGCCCCCGUCCUGCCCAACACCACCCCAGACCUCCUCCUGGCCACCCCGGCCAAGCCAUUAGCACCUGGUGCUGGCAGGGAGACGCCCCCCGCCCAGGAUGGGACGCCAAGUCACAGGGAGGCCCCCGCCCCGGAGCUCAGGGCCUCCUUCCUGCCGAGGACCCUGUCCCUGCGGAACUCCAUCAGCAAAAUCAUGUCGGAGGCGGGCAGCGAGACGCUGGAGGACGAGUGGCAGUCCAUCUCGGAGAUCGCCUCCACCUGCAACAGCAUCCUGGAGUCGCUGUCCCGCGAGGGACAGACUAUUCCAGAGAGUGGAGAUGCCAAGGGAACCCCCAAGUCUGAUGCUGAGCCAGAGCCCAAAAAUUUGUCAGAGAAGGUCUCUCGCCUGGAGUCCAUGCUCAGGAAGCUGCAGGAGGACCUACAAAAGGAGAAGGCGGACCGGGUGGCCCUAGAGGAGGAGGUGCGGAGCCUGCGGGAUGACAACCAGCGGCUGCAGGCUGAGUCCCAGAGCGCCACCCGCCUGCUCCUGGCCCCCAGGCAGCAGGGCUCACCUGCCACCGACCUGGCCUGAGCCAUCCGGUCCAGCCUCAGCGCCCACCUCUGGCAGCUGCCCAGGCCGUCAGGCCGCUCCUCAGGAACUCUUGCUGCGCCGAGCGCAUCUCAGCACUGCCCCCUUGCCCGGCCGUGUUAGGUGUCGGAAGUACUCCCUGUAUAUAGCCCUGUGGAAACGUUAGGGAGUAAAGAAG